ACGCCACUUCAUUUGCGACUUCUUGUCUAGGGUUUGCUCCAACAUUCAGAACGGGAGAGGGAGAGAGAGAGAGAGAAAGGAGGUAACAACAAAUAAAAGCGAAAAAUGGUGAAGUUUCUCAAAACAAACAAGGCUGUAAUCCUUCUUCAAGGCCGUUAUGCCGGGCGAAAGGCAGUCAUCAUUAAGUCAUUCGACGAUGGCACCCGCGAGCGCCCCUACGGCCACUGUUUGGUUGCAGGUAUAAAGAAGUACCCCAGCAAGGUUAUCAGGAAGGACUCUUCGAAGAAGACAGCGAAGAAGUCCCGCGUCAAGGCCUUCAUCAAACUCGUCAACUACCAGCACCUGAUGCCCACUCGCUACACGCUUGAUGUGGAUUUGAAGGACGUCGUGACUGUAGAUAGUCUGCAGAGCAAGGACAAGAAGGUCACUGCUUGUAAGGACACUAAGAAGAGAUUGGAGGAGAGGUUCAAGACCGGCAAGAAUCGUUGGUUUUUUACCAAGCUAAGGUUCUAGAUUUCUAAUUUUGUAGGAAUGUCUCGUCAUUUAAGAUGAUUUUGAGGAUGAUGUAUUGUUUUAUGAACUUGUUUUUGUUUGGAUCUGCGUCCGUUUCCACCAGACAUUUUUGGGUUUUUAACGCUUCAUAAAGAUUAUUUCUAUAAAUUGCUCAUUCUAUCA